AUGACUUGCUCAGUGGCAUGGAAUGGAAAUAAACUGAGUAGCUUCACCAUUCUCGCUAUCGUUAUCGGUGUGGCCAUGUCAGCCGGAGGCAUAACAUUGUUAGCCAUCUUCGGUAGAUCUCCAGAGCUCGAAGUAACAGUCACCAAUGCAUCUAUGACCCAGUUUAAUCUCAACAGCAGCAGUAAAAACGACAAUAACACUCUCUACUACAACCUCCCCCUCGUUGUUGCCAUCAGAAACCCUAGCCGAACCUUCAGUUUACACUAUAAUCGCAUCGAAGUCGGAGUGAAAUAUAGGCAGCAGAAAGGUACUUCGGUAGCUUUGAGUUUGCCACUCUUUGACCAAGGAUCAAAAAACAUAACCACUCUACAUCCAGUUCUUCAAGGGCAGACCUCUAGCUUGGAGGAGACCGGUGCAGGCAUUUACAGUAUUGAUGUGCAGAUUGCUAUUCGGAUAAGUCGCCGGCCUCUCACAGGAAUCGUUUUCAAACCAAAACGGACAUGUAUGUUGAAGGUUCCAUCGAAUUCAAAUAAAGCAUCUCCUGGUAGUAGUUUCAAGGAUACACAAUGUUUCGUGUAA